AUGGCUGCACCCACCCCGCUGCCCCCCAGCCUGCGCCGGGGCUUGGUGGUCUUCAGUGGCUCCCUCUUCAUCAACAACAAGACGUGGGAUAGUGGCACCGCCCACACCUACCAGCCAGCUCACGAGGUGUUGUCCAGCCUGCCCCUCCAGGUGAUGCUCUACUUCAACGUCUACUACUUCCCAGUCUGGUGCCUGGCUGAGGGGAUUAUGCUGCACCUAAAGUACCACCUGCUGCCUUGGCACUACCAGUUCCUGCUGGUCACAGCCUUCCUAAUCCUCUCACUGGCUGAGGGCUCCCGCCUCUACCUGGGCUACCUGGGAAACCUCCAGGAGAAGGUGCCCGAGCUGGCUGGAUUCCUGCUCCUCUCCUUCCUGAUCCAGCUGCCCCUCCUCCUCUUCCUGCUGACAGACAGCCAGGUCAUCCACUUGCCGCUGGAGGUGCCCAUGCACAGCUUGUUCCUGGUCUUCCUCCUCCUUGAAAUGGUGGCUGCCUUCCUGGCGCUGAGGAUCAUGACCAAGCAGCUGGCGGCACAGUUUCACCUGCGGCAGUUCCUGGAGGGGGGCUUCUGA